CUGGUCGCCACGGCAACGACAGUAUGGCAGCGCCUAGUGCACGUGCGACGUUGGACGCUGAACAUAUGCGCGUGGUUGUGUUACAAUUUUGCAACACGGGCUAUAUACAGUAUAAAGUUUAUUUUCGAUGUCAGAUUGCAUUGGAUCGAGCAGCACUCGCUCUUGUGAGAGUGCACCACGUGGAGGCAAGCCGAGACACGUGAAAUGCCUGAAUUUUGGACAAUCGAUCCUUAAGCUCGAUGUCGCAAACCAGCCUAGCUGUUUCGCGACGUCGAAUCGUGCUCUUGUGGUCGAGCAGAGUGUAGCCCGCAUACCGUGCACCGAGAAGAAGGAUUACGUGCGCAAGUGGAUUGAGACUCAUAGGGACGGCGGAUCCAACCUAAGCGAUGAUGAUUUACCCGAGAUCUUUUCGUCUCAAAAGACGCCCACGAGCGAGAGUUCGCCGGUACUUGGUAACAUUGGGAAACGACGGGAUAAGAGAGGAACCCGUAAAAAUAAAAAUAAACACACUGUAACGAGAAGCGCGGAUGACACAAAUGGUCAGGAACAAGAUGCACAGUAUUCUGUAAACUGUACGAAACAAGAUAGUGAAAAUAAGGGAGAGAACCAGGACAAACAAGAAUACUUACAUAAGACUCAGUGCACACCUUCUUGCACAAAGAUUAUUGUUGAUAGAUCUCCUGUCCUUGGCACAGGUUUGUAUUCUCACAAGAGAAGAAGAAGAAAAUUAUGGUAUGGAACAGAAGAUCAUGUUUCGUCAAAGCGUUUAAAGUUGGAUUAUGAUAAAAUCACAAAUGUAGAACCUGAUAGUAAUUGUGAUAAUCUCCAUGAAAAGUCUAUAGAUCACAUUGUAUUGGAAGAGGACUCAGGUAGCAGUGCCAAGGAAAUUGUUUACCAAAUUGAGACUGAAGAGAGUCCAGAAAGGUUAAAGAUGUGUACUUCUUUGUCGCAGACACCACAGAGAUCGAGCUCUGAAGACAGUUCAAGUCACAAAAAUAAUAAGGUCAAUCUAAAAAUGAAAAUAGACUCGAGUGAUGAAAGCAAUGAAGCAGAAUAUAAUAAGUUCUCAAAUACAAACAGCAGCACCAAUAAUAGUCUGAGCAAUAUUGUAGAAGAAGUCGAUACACAGGAUAUGUUAUCAGUCAUGAGAAAAACUCAGUUUUCAUCUAAAUCUUUGUUCACUUCCAGGUCUCUAUCUAAGGCCUCGCAAUUGCUUUCCAAUGAUUCAAAUGAAACUUACUGUUCUGAGGCAGAAAUGUUGCAGGAUCAAAGCACACAUUUGUCUGCCAAGAUCUCUCUGGUGCCAUCUUUGACUAGAGAGGUAACAAGCAGUAAGUCAACGCAGACUCCCGUUAUCAGUACGAUCAGCACACCAUCGAAAACAUCUCCGGACAAGGCUAUGUAUGCGCGGCUCCUGGAUUCCGGGAAGAAAAACCACAAAGCUAAGAAGGGAAGCAUGGUUGCGAAGCUACAGUCUUUGAUCAACACACAAGUAUCUAGCAUUCGCAUUUGGCGUCAUCGAAUGAACAAGAAACACGAAGCUGCGUCAGCGCGGUUUAUCAGCGUACUUGUGCGCGAUUGUUCGAAGCGGUUCGGUAAUCAGUUUCUGAAGGGUACUUUAAUCGAAGAUCGCUUCAAUCUUUUGCAAAACGACAUAGAAAUCGGAGAGGCGGAAUCCUGUAAUGGUCAGACUCCAGCGAGGAAAAACUCGCACAGAGAUCUGACGAUUAUAUUAGUCUGUGAUAUAGUCGGUACACUGAAAAUGAUAUCGGAAGUUGUGAUAAACGUUUAUCCACCUUGGGACAUUUUAGACAAGGUUGAUCUUACACUAGAAGCAAUGUAUAUAAGCAUAAGUCACGAAAUGCCUAAUUUGCAUCCUGAUAAGGACAAUUCGCGGAAACGUAAGAAACGAGUUGUCAAAGAGUUUAAUUGUCCCUGUAUAAGAGAGAAUAGAGAAUUUUCGUUUUGCGCAAGAAAGCCUAGCGCCGAUAAACCUGAUGUGAUGCAACAGAUUUUUUGUUUAUGAUAUAUAUUUUUAUACAAGUUUAAAUAUUAUUUUUGAGCUUUGCUCGAGUCCUUGAUCAUAAUUUAAUAGCACUCCUGAUUCAUAGAUAAUUUAUGUUACAUGAUGUAGUUUUUGCAGUUGCAAUUGGACUCACGAUAAGAAUGUUUCUAUCUCAUGUGUCUCAGAUCACACAAUGUUCUGACCUACAGUUUUAUACAGAGUCGUAUAACUGUGAUAAUCUUAUUAGAAAAUAACUAGUUCACUGUUUUUAUAUACAUAUGAAUAAAUAUUAAUUUAAUUUUGUUGCAGGCAGUGAUAAAAGUAUAUGAAAUUGAAUAGAUAGCUGUUACUAUUUAAGUUAAAAAGAGAAUUUUCAUUUAACAUAUGAUAUUAUUUUUCAUAAAAGAACAUUGCGUUAUUGUUGUAAAAAAGAUGAACAUUUUUAAUGUUAUCGUACACAUUAUAUUUUUAAUAAGCAAGUUUUGUUUUUGGGACGUAUGUACGAUCUGCGAAAAAUAUUCGUAAAAUAAAAUCAUGUAUUUGAGAGAGAA